CGUGCAAUACUUUUGUUUCCUGGUAGAAUGAAAAGGCUGACGUAUGUAACUUUAAACGAGCAGAGUUGGCGUGCUUUAAUCCGUCAACCAAUUCAACCUGACCUGCUGAAUUUCUUUGGAAACCUUAUGAAUGAAUACAAAAAAGUUAUAAAUGAUAUCGAUGAGCUUUGUUUGAAAUUUUAUGAAGUUUAUGAGAGGAUGCAUAUGUACCCAGAUUCAGAUAAAAAUGAAAACGAAGACACUGUGAUGCACUAG